UUAAAAUAUUCAAAAUGGCGGACGGAGGAGCAGCGAGUCAAGAUGAGAGUUCGGCGGCGGCGGUGGCGGCGGCGGCAGACUCAAGAAUGAACAAUCCGUCAGAAACCAGUAAACCAUCGAUGGAGAGUGGGGACGGGAACACAGAGAGGGAAAGAGGGAGCGACCUGGGAAAAUACAUUGGUGAUGCUGAGAGAUGUCUCCGAGAUCACAGUGCAGGCACGCAAACAAAUGGCCUGGACUUUCAAAAGCAGCCUGUGCCUGUCGGAGGAGCAAUCUCUACAGCCCAGGCCCAGGCCUUCCUUGGGCACCUUCAUCAGGUCCAGCUCGCUGGAACAAGUUUACAGGCUGCUGCUCAGUCCUUAAAUGUACAGUCUAAAUCUAAUGAAGAAUCUGGGGACUCUCAGCAGCCAAGCCAGCCUUCCCAGCAGCCUUCAGUGCAGGCGGCCAUACCCCAGACCCAGCUCAUGCUGGCCGGAGGACAGAUCACCGGGCUCACGUUGACGCCAGCCCAGCAACAGUUAUUGCUCCAACAGGCGCAGGCCCAGUUGCUGGCGGCUGCAGUGCAGCACUCAGCCAGUCAGCAGCACAGCGCUGCUGGUGCCACCAUCUCGGCCUCUGCUGCGACGCCGAUGACGCAGAUCCCUCUAUCUCAGCCAAUACAGAUUGCACAGGAUUUGCAGCACUUGCAGCAGCUUCAGCAGCAGAAUCUCAACCUGCAACAGUUUGUGUUGGUGCAUCCAACAACCAACUUGCAGCCAGCACAGUUCAUCAUCUCACAAACGCCGCAGGGGCAGCAGGGUCUCCUGCAAGCGCAGAAUCUCUUAACGCAACUACCUCAGCAAAGCCAAGCCAACCUCCUGCAGUCUCAGCCAAGCAUCACCCUUGCCUCGCAGCCAGCAACCCCAACACGCACAAUAGCAGCGACCCCCGUUCAGGCACUUCCACAGAGCCAGUCAACACCAAAGCGAAUCGACACUCCCAGCUUGGAGGAGCCCAGUGACCUUGAGGAGCUUGAGCAGUUUGCCAAGACUUUCAAACAAAGACGGAUCAAACUUGGAUUCACUCAGGGUGAUGUUGGGCUCGCUAUGGGCAAACUCUAUGGAAAUGACUUCAGCCAAACUACCAUCUCUCGCUUUGAAGCCUUGAACCUCAGCUUUAAGAACAUGUGCAAGUUAAAGCCACUUCUGGAAAAGUGGCUCAAUGAUGCAGAAAACCUCUCAUCUGAUUCAACUCUCUCCAGCCCAAGUGCCCUGAAUUCUCCAGGGCAAGGGAUUGAAGGCUUGAACCGUAGGAGGAAGAAACGCACCAGCAUAGAGACCAACAUACGUGUGGCCUUAGAGAAGAGUUUCCUGGAGAACCAAAAGCCUACCUCGGAUGAGAUCGCCAUGAUAGCUGACCAGCUAAACAUGGAGAAGGAGGUGAUCCGCGUUUGGUUCUGUAACCGGCGCCAGAAGGAGAAAAGGAUCAACCCACCCAGCAGUGGUGGAACCAGCAGCUCGCCCAUCAAAGCAAUUUUCCCUUGUCCAACCUCACUGGUGGCAACCACACCAAGCCUUGUGACUAGCAGUGCAGCUACAACCCUGACUGUCAACCCUGUGCUCCCUCUGGCCAGUCCUGCUGUCACCAGUCUGUCAGUCACAGGCACAACAGAAACCACCUCCAACAACACGGCAACAGUGAUUUCAACAGCACCUCCAGCUUCUUCAGCAGUGACAUCACCCUCCCUGAGUCCUUCCCCUUCUGCCUCAGCCUCCACUUCAGAGGCAUCCAGUGCCAGUGAGACCAGCACAACACAGACAACCUCCACUCCCUUGUCCUCCCCUCUUGGGACCAGCCAGGUGAUGGUAACGGCAUCAGGGUUGCAAACAGCGGCAGCGGCCGCGUUACAAGGAGCUGCACAGUUGCCUGCAAAUGCAAGUCUUGCUGCCAUGGCUGCUGCAGCAGGACUAAACCCAGGCUUGAUGGCAUCCUCGCAGUUUGCAGCUGGAGGUGCCUUACUCAGCCUCAAUCCAGGGACAUUAGGUGGUGCUCUCAGCCCAGCCCUGAUGAGCAACAGUACACUGGCAACUAUUCAAGGAUCGCUUCAUGGAUCGGAGAACUUUCUAACCAAAAAUGUAAAAAAAAAAAAAAACCACAAAAAAACUAAAAACCACAAAAACACAAAAAAAAGUGAAAGGACUACUUAUCAUUUCCAGCAGUCACAAUGACAAGUUAAGGUGGGUUAUCAAUUCAAACAUAGGAAGGGGAUUCCUUGGUUUUUUUGGUCUAAAUAUCUUUCUUUUUUAAUUAUCAUUUUAUAGGUCUGUUGUACAGGCCAUUAUGUCAUACAAGGUGUUUAUAAUCGUAUCAAUCAUGUUGGGGGUUCCUUUCUUAACUGGUACAAUUUAGGCAGGCCUGUAUUACUGGUGUAUCUCUAUUAUUAUUAUGAUGAUGAUUAUUAUUAUUAUUAUUUUUAUAUAUAUAGUUUGGACGCGUUUGUCUUUUGCUCCUGGAUUAUUUUCAGCGAGCUCCCACACCAUGGGGGGAGGGCACGGGGGUGGAGAGGAAGAAUGGAGCACAAAUAGACUUUCAGUCCUAAUCUUCUGGAAAUGUUCUGAACAGUUUCCUCAUCCUCGAAUUUGUCUAAUGCCUACUUGUAGGGAUCAGAAGAAUUUAUGUUCAUCAUUUGUGCAGGAAGCUCAGUGCAGCAGCAGAGAUCAUUGUGUGCAAACUUCCAGGCUGGUCUCUGCUUUUCAAGCAGGCAUAGGAAUUAGCUGUAAACUGCCAUUCCCCUUCUCUCAAAUAUUUAGACAAAAUGGCCAAAUUCUGCUCUUAGCUUCAUGUGCUUGGUUCCUUUUACUUCAGAGAGUGGGAUGUGACCUCUCAAGUGUGGAAUGUGUGACAAUACUGAUGGCUCUUCUGUUCCAGUGAUUUUGUUUUGCUGUGCAAGAGCACACACAAAUAUUUAAAAAACAUCAUUACCCAGGCUAAUUGGCAGCAUGUAGAGCAGCAUUUACAGUCCUAGACACCUUCUAGGUGAGUUGGUACUGGAUUUCAGAAGGUCACAUUCUUCCUGUUCAUAGCAAUAUUCCUUUUCUGAUGCUUCCAACACUGUAUUUAGAAGAACUCCCUAGUAAAAAAAAGUGCUUCUGGGUUCAAAACACAGAAGCCAGGAAUAUGGGAACAGAAGGUGCCAUCGUUAAUGCCAACACAACAGAGCCACUCUGGGGCUUUGCACACCCUGGGCUGAUCUCGUGUGGUCUCUGAGCUGCGGGGCUGCUCGUGGGGUGAGGGUGGCAAUCGGCACGUCCCGGGGCUGGCCUGGCACUGGAACUGUCUUUUCAAGGUUGAUUCUGAUCUGUGGAGCAAAGGAUAUUUUUGUGGAUGAGGAAGGAGUAAUGAACUGUACAGAAGUUAGAUCCGUAUAUUCUUAAAUAUACAAUCUAGUAUCUGAACCAAAAAAAAAAAAAAAGAUUUUUAAAGAGAGAAGACUGGAUCACUGCAAUGCAGUUCACGUUGAAUUUUCCAUUCCUGAUGGAUUUAAAGGUUUCUGCCAUGUGUAUAAAACUAAAUUACUUUUCGCUAGUGAGGGUAUUAGAAGAGUCCCUUUCCCACCCACCCACUUUUCUUUUGUCACCAGAGUGUCCUAAAACAAUGAGCUGAUGCAGCUACGUUCAUUUUGUUGAUGAUUCAGGGGGAUCCUGGAGCUUCUCAUCCAAGAUCCGGAAGGCAGCAACUUUAAACUCUACACAUGCUUUGGUUUGUGGCCUGAGCGUGUGGGAUUUGUGUUUGCACUCAAGUGGCAGAACCCCUUAUCUCUCCCCCCACCACCAUGAUUUUGCUCUGUUCAUCUCUAACCCUCCACCUUCCUGUUUUACUGAUAUUUAAACCAAUUACCCCUAAAUCUUCAUAACUAGUGAACUGCAAGCAGGGAAACUAACAAAUGUCCGUCCACCGUUUCUUAUGUGUUUUUGAUUUUUUUAUGUUUUAUUUUUUUAAAACUAAGCUUGAACCAAAGUCAAUUUCUAGCAAGCUGCUGUACUAAUGGACUAGUUUGUAUAAGUGCAGUUCAGAUGCAGAGAGGCGAUAGAUGCUACUGACAAUUUCUUUUUCAUUUGUCUUUUGUUUUUAUUAAUUUUAUAUAAAAGUUGCUGCUUGUUUUUAAUCUUUUUUUUUUUUUUUUUUUGGUUGGUAAUUUGUGUUAUCCUUGGGGCAGACUCUUAACUUGAUUUUGUUUUCUUUUAUUUGAUGUGUAAAUAGAAUGGCAAUGUCAGAGGAUUGUUAAUCCAAGAGGUCCCACCUUUAUCCCCCCAGUAUGGAUGAAUCUCAGUAUUUUUGAUGUGUCUCUACGUCUUCAGGCUGUGCAGGAGACUUUUAGGGCUAUGAAUAAUACUGCAAAAAUGGCAAUGGCCCGCAGUAAAAGCUUCAGAGCAGCAACAGAUACAGCUGGGUGAGCUUCAGGGAGGUAGGGAAAAGUAGAAGAGAAGAUGCUGGUACCCACUGUGCUGGUCUGGAGGCCACAGCACGGUCUAUAGUUUCUACCAAAGGAAUGCAAGUCCCUGGGACUUGUUUUGAGUGAAGUAAGAGGGUGGGGAAAGCUGCAGCUGUAGCGUUUGUUCCUGACUCCGAAAGUCCCUGCUUACUUUCACACCUGUGCAAAAGUACAGUUUAUCAGGAAGCUUUUUUUGUUAGAGGGGGGAGACCACCAGGCUUGUCUCCGAUGGAUCCCCUCCUCCCCAAGGGUUUUGGGGUGGGGUGGGGGGCAUGGUCCUGGCAGAUAUCUAGGAAACACAAAGAAAGGUGGGCCUUAAAUCAGUGGAAAAUCCUCUCUCCGCAGUUCCAAGAGACUGUGCCAUUAGCUGUCUGAAUGAGUUUUCAUGUCCCAUUCUUGCUGGUUUGUGGUUGGGAGAGGGUCUUGUUGAGUACAUAUCUGGAACACUAAUGCAGCUUGGAUGGUUUAUUUAUUAUAAAAAUCUGCUUUUUUUCCUGACUACCUUUGCAUUGGUCACAUGGCUUUGGUGUGAGCACCUUAUACCCCUUUACCCUCCUCUUCUCUACCCCAUCGCUCUGUCUGGGGCCCAGAUUCCAGGGAAUUCUUAGCAAGUUUUUUUCUGACAGAAACUGGAAACUCAGAGUAGCCACAUAUCCAAAAAAAGCUUGGUUUUGUUUGCAGAAGCUGACAUAAUACCCAAAGAGCACAUAUCCCAUGGCAUCCAUUGCCUGUGUGCUCUGAUUCAUUGUCCCCUAAAACAUCCCUAUGACUGACUGACUUGUUCCUGGAGCCUACUUUUCAUCCCUAUCAGUGUUUUUCCUCAUGGAUGCUGGCUACCUCCAGUGUUUAGGUGAAAGAAGGAAAUCAGACUGGCAGUGAGUGUACUUCUGCCAAGUUCAGAGAAUGAAAAGAAAGUGAGAUCAUGUACCAGAAUUCAGCAGAAGUCUCUUUUUUAAAUUAUCCUUGUGCUGGCAGCAGGAAUUGAUGCAUCUGAAAAGAAACUAUAACAAUUGUGUACAGACCCAGUAAAUACGAUCACAAGGAGUUUGGUGGUGUGUUGGAAAAGGAUAAUAGCAUCUCUUUUUCAGAGUUCCAUGUCUCUGUAUUUAAAGGUGAGAGGGUUGCUUUUCAUAGUUUGCAAGCAUGUCACAGGACCCAGGCAAGAAAAGAGAAGGUGAAAAACUCAUUGCAGGCAGGGUUAGUUCAAAAAGCAAGAGAUUUACAGAGACACAAACACAGAUAUGCCCAGAAGGUGAAAAAUAAUUUAGAGAAUGGCUUCAGGAGUUGGUCUUGUAGCUUGGUGAUGACAUUUUUUUCAGUUCUUAAGAAAAACAUGUUUAGCACGUUUUUGCUUUAGUACACUUGGUCUCCUCCGAACCCACUCUCCACAGUCACUGUGGAAGGAUUCACGAAUAGUCCAAAGAAAGUACACACAGGUGUGGCUGCUCACAAUAGCUACAUCUGCUUAAAUUUCCUACAGAGGAUUAAUUUUGUUUCUGAGAUACUGUAUGUGUUAGUCUAAGUACAUUUUUAUCGUGUCACUGUGAGGUGGUGUGGAUGUGCAUGUAGACAUUUCUUGGAACUGUGACCUAGUGUUCAAAUGCCACCUCUGUAAACCUCACACCAUGUGCUUUCACGUGUUUCCGCAGUUGAGUUAGUGAAGGACACAGGAGGAUUAAUUCCUUAACUCUCUGCACAUUCCUGUGAAGCAACGUUCCUUAAAACAGGAAUUCCCUCCUUUUUCUUGUUUUUUGUUGCAAAUGGAGCAGUACAGCCAUUACAGCUGGAGCCAUACCACAGAUACUAAACCAAAGCAACAUCUAAUUUACCUUAGAUAUCAAUUCAUAUUUUCUUAGAUAAAGAAAUAUAUAAAAGUACAAAAUGAUCUUAAAGAGACAAGUAGCUUCUCAUGGUCAUUCGAGUGUUUUAGGAGACAAAAUAAUGCAUCUGGUCCAAACUUUCAAUGACACUUGGUUUUAAACUGGAAGUUUAAAAUGUAGAUGUUUUUAUUGCCACGUUAACUUUAUGAAGAGUCACUAUUCCCUAUUGCUCUUUUGCCUAAAAUGGUUAAAUGCUGUUUCUCCAUGCCAUAUACCCCAGCAGGCCCUGUGUAUCCCUGGUGGAUGUUGCCUAGGGUGGAGUAUGACCAAAGGAAUAAGCUGGCCUGCUUCCCCCAUUGCAUUUAUGGUUGUCAGUUCUCACGCGGCCAACUCAAAUCCCUUUCUAUUUUUGCACCCAGUACAUCUGCCCUCUCCCUCCCAAAGUACUAUAGCAAUAGAGAAUUCAAGAUACCUACCUUGCACAAGUUCUACCCUUCCCACUCAUGAAAUCUCUUGCUGCUGCCUGUGAGUUUCUCUCUUCUUUCUGGAGGGGAGUCCCCUAAAAUACUUUAAAGAUACUUGAUAGAGGUUUCGUCAAAAAGUUGUUGCUUCCAAUUUGCAAUUUCUUCAGAUGUUCAUAUCUUUGUCUUCAUGAUCUGAACAGUACCUAGUUCCCUCUGUCACUGCAAGUAGUUUCAGUGCUUUUGGAACGAUGAAAAGCAAUUCCUCUAUUUCCGUAUCUUCACACAUGGACACAGAGUAACUCAUGGAAAAAAGCUUGAAUUUUUUUCAGCUUAUCUGUCUUCGUUUGAGCUGUCUGCCACUUCUCCCAAGUGGGGACAUGCUCUGAAUUUUUACUCCUAUGGGAUGCUUUUAGGAGGGCGUUAGGGAGACUGCACUGAAAUUACAAACAGUUUAACUGUGGGAGAAGAGACAUCUUUUACUCAAGUAGACAAAUAAGGUCAGCAUGUAGAACUUCUUUUCUGACCUAAUUCCUAAACAUGAAGCAGCUACUGAGCUUUGUCUCGGGGCUGCUUGUAGGUCCAUCAGUGAUGCCCUGCUAAGAACUGUCCAUAACUGGAAUAAUCUGGGUCCCCUUUCUCCCUCCCUCCCUCCCUCCCUCUGCCUCUCCCCCUCCUUGCUCCUUCCCCGUCUUCCCUCAGCGAAAGGUAGCACCAUACAGCUCUGAGAACAAUACUUGUGGGUAGCAGCUGGCUUCUGGCACCUUCAUAAAAUACCUCAGCAUAGCUUAGCAUUGUCGCAGAACUGGUUUUAAACUGAAAAAAUCAGAAGAGAAAAGCAAACUUUAUAAAUAGUGGAGAUAAUUCUAGCUGUAGAGUUUAGUUGAACUGAUGGUUUAUUAUGAUUGAUAAACAUGAUUAUGCUGUAUGUAUUUGAGAUCCUGUUUAUAGGUUACAACUUUAUAGGGUCGGGUGGGGGUGGGUGGAUGUUGGGGGCAGAGAAGGGGGUUUGACUGUGUUAGAAGGAAAAUGUUUGCUCAUAAAUUUUUUUCCUUGUAUCUGUCUUGCCAAAGGAAACAUUUUGUCGCUCCUGGGUUUGGGAUUGUUGUUUGGUUGGUUUAUCUGUGGUCUAAUCUGCAGCACAGCACGUGGUGGCAUGCAGGUUACUGGUGGGGUUGCUGUUCAGGGUCCUUUUGAGUGUGCGCACACUUCCCUCCCUCUUGGCCUUUCCUUGCCCCUCGCUGGGAUCUGAAGAUGAGGCAACACGUAUCCAGGAGGCUCGGGGGAGAGAUGGCUGUACUGGGCUGGAAUCGACCUCGGGGCUGUAAAUCCGUUUCAGUUGAGUUGAGUUGAGUUGCUCCAGAGCUGAACUGGGUCCGCUGUGUUUAACUCCAGGGAGGGACAAGAAUGGUUGUCGCAUCUUAAUCUAUCUGGGAGAGCAAAAGUGAAACAGGCUCCUUUUAUCCCCCUUGUCUUGUUACUGAAUGUAGGGCUUGUAGUGCUUGAUAAUAGGUGGAAAACUUUUUAAACACUUCCUUUUCUAAUAGCAAUGCUAAUCCUGUCUAGACCAAAAACUAUGAAAGAAAAAACCAAACUGAGAGAGGUGAAAGCUAACCUACUCCUAACACCUGGCUGGUCUGCCUGAAAGGGUUGAAAUACUGUGAGACGGUUGUGGGAGAGGAGCUUUGAGGUGUUGUUGGCGAGGGACCGGGUCGUUCUCCUGGCCGAUGUCUCGGUGUUGUGGUGGGAGUAGCAGAAGAGUGAGUGGUUCUUGCCUUGGGAGGGUGUUGCAGCCAGCUCCGUGUGGGCUCCAAGGCUCCCUUCCCGUUUCCCCUGCGGCUGCUGGAGCAGGGGAAGAGGGCAGGGGUGUGCGUGGGUGUGUGUGCGAGUGCGUGUGAGCACCAGCCGGCGCUGGCUGCGUGCGGGGAGCGAGAGCUGGGUUUCUAAAGGAGCUCGACUCCGCUGGGGACGGAGAAUUCCCAGUGGCCUCGUAGGGAACCAAAGGCACUGAUAAGUUGUCAGCUCUGCUGUUCUCAGAGCGGGUAAGAGGAAAAGCUGGGUGGGGGUUUUUUGAGCUUUGGGUCAGUGUCCCUUCCUCUAAGGACCUCAUCUCUUGCGGGUACUCCCACCUUUUCUGCAUGGAGUUGCUUUGGCUCUGUGAAGACAAACGGUGUCUGGGGUUUGCCCAGUGCUGCAGGUCUUAGGCUGAUGGUGGGAUACAGUCAGGGAAAACUGUUUCUUUCCUUCAAAUGUGGAAGCAGUGUAGUCCAAGGUCAGAGUCUGUUCAACAGCUUUUGCAUAUGGUCUUUCUCUUAAGGGAGGGACCUUGAAGACUCCUUUCUUUGCUCCCCAGAGUAGCCUUGUACAUGUUCAUGUAUCGUGCUAUUGGGCUGAGCUGUUUUAUCAGUGAACUUGGUGAGCUCUUGUGAAGAAAGGGAGGGAGGAAGGGGGAGAGCGGGUUGUCCAGCUACUCUUCCUCCGGACACCAAUUGGGUUGCAGAACUUCACUGAAAGCUUUACUAAUAGAAUUGUUGUUCUGACAUUAUGUAAAAGUGGUAUUAAUAUUGUGUGACUUUUCAAAGAGCUAGUUAGAUUUAUAGAUAGGUAAUAGGGAUAUUGAAGAAAUGACUUCUCAAAGAAAAGAGCACUUGGAACAAAAGAAGUGGAAAACAAGGUGUGCUUUAUGGAAAACAAAUCUGAGGAAGGAAAUGAAACAGCUUGUGGGAGGCGAGGGAAGAUGAUACCCUUUGGCGUUCCUUAGUGCUGCUGAGGCUCUGCCCCAGAACUGGAACAUUACCCCCUCUGCCUUAUUUCAUCUCUCUACCAAACAGGACAUUGUCAAGUAGCUCAGACCAAAAUGCUGAUCUGUCUUAAAACUGUGUCGGUCUGCUGGGGAGUAUUCUUCGGCAGAGCUUUACAUAAUACCGUAAGAUACUUAAUUUAUCACGUUAGCUUCCCCUUCCCUCCCAAAAUUGUCUUCUCUGUUGUAGGCCCCACUUCAGGAUUCACACUGCCUUUGCUGAAUUCUGUGGCAGCAGCUAUGGAAGCCCUGUUUCCUGAAUGUCGUAGCUUUGUGUGCGUUCCAAGCCGGCCUGUUGCGGUGCUAUGAAAACCUGAAAUUAUUUAACAGUAGGAAUCCCAAGACCUUAGGAAAUGGCGUGCCAAGGGGCAACUCGUGGAGACCGCACAACCCCCUUGAGAAACCAUACAGGAACAAGAGCACCCGUGACAGUGUCCUGAGAACAAGGCAGUUGAGACAAAACCUUUAGUUCUUCCCCCAUUGACUCUCCAUGUGUCGGCCUCUGUGACCCUGGUGCUCCCUGCGCCUGAGCGAGUCCGAGGGGAAAACGCAAUGAGAAAGACUUGGAGCUCAGGGCCGCUCCCCGCGAGUUCCCGGGGAGCCGGGCUGCGCCUCCCUGCAGAGCGGGGAAGGGAAGGCACCGCUGCGGGUGGCUCAGAGAGGGCUGGAGCAGCAGCGGCCCCGUGGGCACCUCGCGUGCCAGCGCUCCGUGCGAGGGCCCGGGCAGGAGCUCCUUCGUCCCCGCCAGUGCCGUUGUUCCAUUUCCUUCCUCUGUGGUAGUAUCUAAGGCUAGGUGUGAGUAGGUGUGGGGUGUUUAUCCGCCACAGGUACAGGAGCUGUCGUAUACCUCAUUUCUAACUCGUAACUGAGUAACUUGCUUUAACUUUCUCCAAACCCCACAGAGUUGCCAAGUCUGCCCUCCCUCCUUUGAUUAACACUGAACUCUGGCCUAUAGCACCCCGUGACCUGCAACCUGGGGAGUGACCCCCUAACGCCUCUGAAUGUCGCUGCUUAAAAGCUACUGCAAAGUGAGGGCAAAUUGCAAUCUUAUCUUAUUUCCUUUGGUUACAAGGGGUCCUCUUGAUUAGUCUGUGAAUAUCCACCCCCUCCCCUCCACUCUCCAAGGAAAAGGGCCGCCCACGCUGCCUUUUCCCACCCUGGAGCAGCGCUGAACUCCAGGGCCUGGAGGCACUCUCAGCCCACUGCUGUGUACAUGCUACUCACUUUUUAACAUGACCAAAAAAGCAAAAAAAGGAAAAAAAAAAGGAAUCUCCAAAUAUUUAAUUUUCUUCUUUAUUAUUUGACAAUCCUGUAUCCCUUCCCCACUCCCCCAACCUGGCCAGAAGCUGCAUCCUUAACCCGGUCCAUCUUUAUUUGAAUGUAGUUCCCCUACCCCCAUGGGAAAGAGAAGCUUUGUCAGGUCACGGUGGCUGCUAUAAGUCGGGAGGGGGCGGUUUCUUUGUUUUGUUUUGUUCUUUUAAAAUUUCCAGCCAAAACCAAAGAUUUCCUAAUGAUUGUAUAAACUCAAAACAAACAAACAAACCAAAGACAAAGGGCGUCUUCAGCACCAAGCCCACCUGUGAGGCCGGCCUGGCCUGGCCGGGCAAGGGUCACUGCCAGCCUGGGGGCCAGCCUGGGGCUCCAGAAGGUUCUGGGUGGAAACUCCCGGCUCCAGGGUGAAAUCUGGGGCACAGGUGCUGGGAGGGGAGGCCGGGGCUUCGCAGGUGGGUUGAGGAGCUGAAGACUUGGGUGCAGGAUUGGCUGCUCUGCUGGGUGCUUUAACCCUCUGGGGGCUGGGUGAUGUUGAUUAAUACACGCUGAGGUGCACUUCUGAGCUUCCCCCCCUUCACUGCUUGGAAGAGGCUGUCCUGUCGUGAGAAAUCCCUGAAAGAAGAAGAAGCAGCUUUUCAUUUCUCCUCUAGUUCCUUUUUUCUAGAUUUCUUUUAUUUUUGCAGCACCACUGUGCAACUAUGCAUUGUAUUUCUCAACCUUUUAUGCUAGGUAGAUGCCUGUGACUUUUUAACUUUUGGGGGGGGAUUGCAAAUGGAGGAACUUUUUACAUGGAUCUUUUUAAUCUCAGUUGAUUGGGGGGUGUUUGGUUCUAGGGUCAUACAAGCUCUAUCCCAAAGCAAAAUCCAAAUGUUAAUAUUAUUAGCCUGAUGCAGAUACCAAAGAUAAUUUCUUUCCUGCAGAACCUUAGACUUGUGUAUUAAGUACGAUUACCCAGCACUUGCAUUAGUCUAACCUCAGUAAUUCCAAAGCUUAGAUGUAUAUUUUGGUAUAUUUCUGGGAUAUUAAAAAAUUGUCGUUUAAAUUCUUGUUUGUUUCAGUGUAAUGCUCUUAAAGUCAUAGCAUGGAGAUAACUGAACUUGUCCUAUUCUUAGUAGUUUGAAAUAAUAGUAUUUUUGUAUGUUUUGGGUGUGUCAAUGUAUGUAUUAACAUAACGGUUUUCACUGCCUAGGUGUUCAUAAAUAAUAAUAAAAGAAAAACCAACUACAAAGGGUUUUUAAACUGUACAUAAUAUUCCGUGAGGAAUUUCCACCAGACCAAUUUGGAUCGCAUUUUCACUGAUGGCCGCUCCCAGCUGGGAUUCUUUCUUUCUUUUUAAAGAGACAGCAUGUUCUUUUUUUUCCCCCGCUGACCUGAGGUUCUUUCUCAGUGUAAAGGGGGUUUCACUGUUUUUAAGGGGUGGGCCAGAGAGGAAGUAGCCUAAAUUUUGUUUUUAAAAAAGUAUUUAGCAUGUUAGUUUGAAAACUACCCCUUUGUAUGAAGAAUUGGGAGUGGAAAACCAAGCCCUUUCUUCUAAAUCAGAUAAUAAUUUUCAAAGAAAUGAGGAUUUGUGAAUGUCUGUAGUGUCUGGGCAGUCCCUUUUUGCUUUUCUUCUAAAUAAGACAAGUUUUUGGUCCUAACAGUUUCACUGCUCUGUGCAACUGCCUGCUUACACUGGCUGGGAGGUUUUUUUUUCUCUUGCCCUUCCUCAUACACUGCAUUUAUACACUUGAGGUCAGCAGAACACUUGAAAUCAAGGGCCAUAUGGGAGUACCCUACCCAAACACAACCCAAGCUUUUCUUGAGAAUGAAAUGUGAGAGUCCCACACAUUUCAAAACCUUGCUGAUCACACUAAGGGUGAGGAGGAAGGCGAAAUGCUGUCUCUUUAAAGAUGUCCUUUAUUAUUAUAUUAUUAUUAUUAUUAUUAUUUUCCCAGUGGUUGCCUACAGAUAGCUGUAGGCAUUGAGAGAUUGUGUAGAUUACAGUAAAUCAGAAUGAAAAGGUAGAUUUUGUGUAGAUGCAUUUGUCUGCUGUAAUUUUUUAUAUAUAUUAAACUUACUGUAAUUGUACAGUUCAUUUCUGUUGUAAACAUCAUUAAACCAUUUUCCAAGUGUUUUAACAUGUA